ACUUACCGGAAGUGAUUUUUGUUUCACUCGAAAAAGUGGGUGAUUAUCUCCCGCUGUAAAACACACGCAAAUUAAAUAUAAUAAUAGGUAAUAAUAAUAAAAAUAAUAAUAGUUAAUUAUUUAAAGCACUAUGGAUGAUGAAGAGGAGACUUACCGCCUGUGGAAGAUCCGGAAGACGAUAAUGCAGCUCUGUCACGAUCGGGGUUACUUGGUGACCCAGGAUGAGUUGGAUCAGACGCUUGACGAGUUUAAAAGCCAGUUCGGGGACAAACCGAGCGAGGGCCGUCCUCGCCGGACGGAUCUCACGGUGCUCGUGGCUCACAAUGACGAUCCCACUGACCAGAUGUUCGUCUUCUUCCCGGAGGAGCCCAAGGUGGGAAUUAAAACCAUUAAAAUGUACUGCCAGCGCAUGCAGGAGGAGAACAUCACCCGUGCUAUUAUUGUGGUCCAGAUGGGCAUGACACCUUCUGCUAAACAGUCGCUGGUGGACAUGGCACCGAAGUACAUCCUGGAACAGUUCCUACAGCAAGAGCUGCUCAUCAACAUCACAGAGCACGAGCUGGUCCCUGAGCACAUCGUGAUGACAAAGGAGGAAGUGACGGAGCUCUUAGCAAGAUAUAAACUCAAGGAGAGCCAGUUACCCAGGAUUCAGGCUGGAGACCCAGUGGCUCGAUAUUUCGGCCUGAAAAGGGGCCAGGUGGUGAAGAUCAUCCGGCCGAGUGAGACUGCAGGCCGUUAUAUAACCUACAGGCUUGUACAGUGAAGCUGCAGCGAUUAAGAUCAUCUCUUCUUCGAGGAGGUGUUGCUCGAAGUAUAGGUGUGACUUGUGACAUUUAAUCUCAAUAACAGUGUGAACAACUCGGUAACUUUAUUCUCAGUAGUAGUUUUGGGACAAAUGUACAUUCAUUUCAUUUACAAUUAAAUUGUGGUUGUAAUAAUUGCUAAAUAUUAAACAUGUUUUUGUAAUAAAGUUUCUCAAUUUUA